CAACGCUCCUUUUCGGCGGGCGAUGAUCUUAUAUACGGUUACGAGUGUCAGCAGAGUAGAUGUGUAAAAGUUGAGCUAGAUGCGCAGAACUUCCAGAAGGCCAUAAGUCUGUCAGUCUGUCGGCUGUUCUGUGGCGAUGGUGUGCCUGGCACAAUUUGGCCACGUCCAAGUGGACUUGUUAAUUUCGAUAAUUACAUGUUAACAGUUGAUCCAGACAACAUACAAUUUAUUUUGCCCACCUUAAGCAAGCAAGCACAUCUUUGGGCUGCCAGCAAGGAACGUUUCAUGCAAAYKCUCUACGCAGGCGURCCAAAUAAGAAUGUAUUAAAGAAGGGUGGUCGUCCAUUAAUUGUGACAGUGGAAUUGCAGUCAACACUGGAUGAUGUUGUACCUAAGCUAACUUUAGACACAGACGAAAGUUACACGCUACAAAUUAGCUCAAGCAAUAAUAGUGCGGCCACGGCUACAAUUACAGCAAGCAAUUACUUCGGCGCUCGUCACGGCCUGGAGACGUUAUCACAAGUACUUAUUUACGACGAUAUUAGACGUGAGUUACAGAUAUUGGCUCGUGCUCAUAUUGAUGAUAAACCAGCGUUCAAGUGGCGCGGUUUGGUUUUAGAUACAUCACGUAAUUUCUUCAGCGUGAAGUCAUUAAAACGUACGCUAGAUGCAAUGGCCGUGGUGAAACUGAACACAUUCCACUGGCACAUCACUGAUUCGCACAGCUUUCCGCUGGAAGUUAAAUCACAACCUGAACUAUAUAAAUUAGGCGCCUAUUCACCUCGUAAGGUUUAUAGUCAUGAAGAUAUUGCGGAUAUUGUUGAAUAUGGACGUGUCCGUGGCAUACGAGUAAUGCCGGAAUUCGAUGCACCAGCGCAUGUCGGUGAGGGCUGGCAACAUAAGGAUAUGAUUGCUUGUUUCAAUGCGCAGCCAUGGAAAAAUUAUUGUGUGGAGCCACCGUGUGGUCAAUUCGAUCCCACCGUUGAAGAUUUAUAUCCAAUUUUAGAGGAUAUAUAUCGCGAAAUGUUCGAACUCUUUGAUCCGGAUGUAUUUCAUAUGGGCGGCGAUGAAGUAUCUGUUGAUUGUUGGAAUAGUAGCAAGCGCAUUCAAGACUGGAUGCUUCAGAAGGGUUGGGGCUUAGAAGAAUCUGAUUUUAUACGUCUCUGGGCACAUUUUCAAACCGAGGCGCUAAAACGCGUCGAUAAAAUUUCACAGUCGCAACAACGCUCCAUCACACUGUGGACUAGUCGUCUCACUGAAGUACCGAACAUCGAUAAUUACUUGGAUAAGGAACGCUACAACAUACAAAUAUGGACUACGGGAAGUGACAGCAAAAUUAAAGACAUUCUAAAACGUGGUUAUCGUGUUAUAAUAUCAAAUUAUGAUGCACUCUAUUUUGAUUGUGGUGGUCCUGCUUGGGUGCAGAGUGGCAACAAUUGGUGUUCACCAUAUAUUGGCUGGCAGAAGGUGUAUGAUAACGAUUUGGACAACAUUGCUGGCGAUUACAAGUCUCAAGUUUUGGGCGCAGAGGCAGCUAUUUG